AUACAUAAGCAAGAUGAGGGACUUGGGCUCCUUAUCCAAGACAAACUGACUCUCUUCACACUCAUUCUACCGGACUUCCAAUUCACAAAAGAGAAACGCGCACAUCACGGCAGGAGAACUCUGACAGAAACCUGCCCUCAAUCUCAGCGGCUCUGUCACACACUUGCACACAGAUAUACAAACACAUUCAGCCACACACACAGACACACGCGCACACUGAAGAGCAAACAGUCUCUCUCUUUCUCUCUCGCUCUUGCUCACCCACUCUCCUCUCCCUCCCAUCCACACACGCACACCACUACAGUAUAUCAGCUAGCGACUGGCAGGGAAACGGAGGGGAGAGCAGAAAUGAAUGUGAAGAUCUUGACGCUGGUGAUUGUGCUGGUGGUUUCUCUGCUGUGUUCAGCCAGUGCUGGUCCGAUGGCCUCCACCGAGCAUAGCAAAGAGCUGGAGGAGGUGGGCAGCAUGAGGACUCCUUUGCGGCAAAAUUCCGCUCGAGCCGGCCGGAGCCAAAGACCUUCUGGCUGGAGGAGGAGACGCCCUCGACCCCGCCUCUCCCAUAAGGGGCCCAUGCCAUUUUAGAGCAAGGCACAGCUUAGAGUGCCCUCCCCCUUGGUUCUGAUUUCUAUGCUCUUCCUUUGCCUUGGGGGGCCUUGCAACAAGGGGCCUUUGCUAGCCCAGCCUGAAGAGUGAUGUCCAUAGCACCUGCUGGUUCUUCAAGCAACUCUUCUUCUGUCCACAAAAAAACCAGGACAAGCCACUCACCCUCAGCUCUACGAAGAAUUGUGGGCCGGGAAUGGGGGUGGGGGGUAUUGAGCUAUCAGAUUCUGUCUCUCUCUGUCUGUCUCUCUCCUCCUGUGGUUUUCCUCAUUUGCUUUCUAGAGCCCUUUCAUGGCCACACUUUGCAUGAUGUGUGAGCAGUGGGGAGCCUGGUCUAAACAGUUAUAGUCCGAAAGCGUCAGUUUCUUCUCCGAGGUGUGCUAGUCCCAUUCUCUCCAGUGUGAAGGUGACCACAACGCUUUGUCCCAUUGCUACGUGUUGGCAACUCUUGGCUUAUAAAUGGCGUUUAUGAGGGAAGAAAGUGGCAGGGAAUCUAAAGUAAAGGCACAAAUGCUCAGGCCCAUUAUGGCCAGGUCAGCAACGUUAAUGUUUUACAUCUUACACAAUUUAACACCUACCUACAGCAAAAAUUGGCCAGUUUGCUUAAUAACGGCAUCACUGAGUGCAUUUACAUGACAAACUGCUCACAAAUGCAAUUAUCAAAAAUGGUUUCUCGUAAAAUCUUGACCAAAAAAAUAGUUCUUAAUGAGAUAAAUUCAAUUUAACUCAUCAAGUUUUGUAUGUAUCCAAAAUGUAUGCACAUUGUAUAAGCAUCCAGAAUGCUGAUUGUAAUGUAAAUGCAAUCAAUGUUAUCGGGUUCAGUUAUAAUUACUGAUUACAUAAUUACCUCUAAAUAUGUUGAAUGACUAUAUAAUUCAUUGGCACAUCUAUUUAAAACAGCUUGAUUACAUCUCAUAGCGCUGUCCAAUGGUCAUUAUGCAUCAUCCUACCAAUGAGCCUAAGAGUUGUCAGCCAUCUGAAGCUUAAGGAUAAAGCCCCAGUGUCUCAUUAUCAAAAUCACACUCCACUUCCAUGAGCGUGAGAUCAUCGUCCUGAGCCCUCUUCUCCUCCCCCAUGACACACGCUGCUUUACAGCAGAGAUACAUGACUGUUAACUGGCCAGGGUGAUCUGCUUCAGACGGCGGACCAUCUCUCCUUUUAAUGAAGUGCCAAAUAGCAAAUCUACUCCACAGCGCUGCCAGGAGAAGAAAAGUAAACAUGUUACCUCUUAUCUUAGGGGAAGCAUAACAUCUAACCAUAUGUACGCAUUUUGCCAUUUGUUUGAACAUCCAAUGUAAAGGCAACGGUAGCAUGGUUUCAAGACAUUAGACCAAAAAAAAAAUAACAAAAAGAAAUUCUUACAGAUCUGAUGAUUUUUCCCCUUGACCGGAUUCUUUGACAGAACUCUAUGCCUUUAUUUAACAUCAUACUGGAAAUGAUUUCUCAUUCUUUUGUUGUUAUUUUUGUUAUAUUUCAGUUCAUUUCUCAGGGUGCUGUGACACAAGCCUGUAUGGUCUAUAUUACAUGCAUUUAUUUAAGAAACACACAUUAUUUGUAUUCACACCAUUUAGCUUCAUGCUUAUGUAUCCACCACUUUUUAGCUACAUAUUCAGACUACGUUUUUACAAGUCAUUAUUGUUUUCUCCCCAUUGGGAGCAGUUGCCUUUUGAGUUUGAGCCUCUUUGGCACAGGUGGCCACAGCCUGGUUAUUAAACCCCAUUGCUAAUCGGUUUUAGAUUGGAAUCACUAAAAAUCUCUGUCAAGUCUGAUAGAACUCACAAGACAAAUUGGCAUAGAAUGACCACACCACCUUAGCGUUCAACUGAUUUAUGAUGUAAUAAUCUAUAAAAAUGAGCAACCCUUGACUUAGGCAUCAUUAAACCUUUCAGUAAGACACAAAUUAUGAGGCCGAGAUGAGAGGCUUUUAUGAGACAGUUAGCUACACUCAUAAUUCCGACGCUUAAUUAGACAUUGCAGCAAGUUAUUGCAAAUUAGCAUUUGAGUCCCUGCCCCAUUUCCUGUUCGGCGUUUCUCUGUGGUUACGAAAAAAGAGAGUCGUCACGUAUAUCCACAAACAUCAGCUCUUCAUAAGAGAGUGCCUAAAAACCUACAUUAGUAAAACACCCAGCCAAGCUCACCUCGAUUAAAAAUGUAUAGAAUCUUAGGGCACUGUGAAUACUAAUAAUUCCAGUCACGCCAUGAUUAUUUUAUACCCUCUCAGACAGAGAUGUGGAUUUCAUUAACGCUUUCUCAGAACGAUAGUACUCCCGAGAGCUCUGCUUCAUGGAUCAGUAGGUCAGAACGCAGAGAAGAUCCAAGUUUGGGCGGAUGAGUUGCAGUACACUUCAUCUGAAGUGUCUGUUAGAGGUGCAGAGUAAUGCCUGUAUCCAUACUGUUGUUCAUGAAUGUAUCUUCACCAUCCUCACCAGAGCUGAGCUGAGGGCCGUCGAGCAGUGUUUCAGUUCAGUUCAAGCCUUGAAUCUUGAAAAACUAGCCCGUCACUGCUACAUACGACAACCAAUUCCCCCCUUCCCACCGAUGGAGAUGGUUAUCGUUUCAUCAAACAUCCAAAGACAAAUAAGACAAAAUCCAAAGCUUGCUAUAGCAGAGACCCCUAUCAAUCACUUGGCUUUUCUCCAACACCUCUCUGUAUGGACAUGCAAGGCUGCACUUUUGCAAUUCCAUUAUGCUGCUGGAAAAGUAAAUCCUGAAAACAAGUCUUUUGGCAUGUAAUGGUUUUCCAGUGUCUUGUGACAAUUAAAUUGACUAAUUCUUGUCUAGCUGGUUGUCCAAAGCCUACUUUUCGAUAGAGUGUGGAAAGCUGUAUUUUAUUUUUGUGUGUAUGGUCGUAUAAAAGUGUAGAAAGUAUAGUCUGCUGCACAAUAUGUCGUGGACACAAAAGAGCUUUCUCACCCUCCUCU